AAUAGAAUUUGACUGGUCCCCAACUGCAUUAAUUUAUUGAAUUUUUUUAUGACUUUAUCAUGAUUUUUUUAUGACAAUAAAAUAAGUCCUCAUGGAUGGAAUGUACAAUCUAGUGGUAAAAUAAUGACCAAACUGUGGAAAUUGCAAUUCACAACUUAUUUAUAAGAUAAAUAGCACUUACUUCUUGUGGUUUGAAUUUUGUGCACAUGACUCCCUUAUAUUUUUAAUAUAGUACAUAACCCCUUGUAUUUUUAUAUAGGCAAAUAACCCCUUUCUACUUUCAAAAAAAUCUUCUUCCUAAUGAGCAUGAUUAUUUACCAAGUGGAAUACGAUGGGAGGGGGGUUGUAAGGGACUUAUAUUGAAAAUAUAAGGGGGCCAUGUGCACAAAGCUCAAACCACAGGGAGUUAAGUGCUAUUUACCCUUAUCUAUAUCCUUUCUUGCUUCGAUCAUGCAGCAAUAAGAGGGGCCAAAAAACAAAAUUUCUGAAAUUAGACCAGAUGCAUUAAAACAAAGAUCAAGAAAGUGCAUGGAAAUUUCCUACAACAUUAUUAAAUCAAAUAAAAACAAUUAUAGAUAGACAGACCCCCACACACAAGUCAUACUUUGCAACAUGCUGCGCGUUUCACCAUGUUCAUUGUCAUGAAUAUGUCAAAAGAAAAAAAAAAAGAAAUUGGAUAUAGAAAGACCACUGCAAGAAGCAAAUGUGUUGUCAGCAAACUAAUCUCAUCAUCCAUUAAGUUCCCCAUUCAUUACGUUGGUAAUAUUUACUAGGAAAAAGAAAGCAACAAGUGGUAGCACAUGCAUAACAUAGACCGUGAAUUUUCCACUCCAAGAAAGUGUUGUGUGUGUGUGUGUGUGUGUGUGUGUGUGUGUGUGUGUGUGAGAGAGAGAGAGAGAGAGAGAGAGAGAGAGAGAGAGAGAGAGAGAGGAAAAAAAAAGUAAGUUACCGGGAUAUCGACGAGGGUGGCCGGAAAAUGUCGACGGGGUUGGUGAAGGAGCAGAAUUUGGAGAAGCAGAUUGAGAAACAAAUGGGCGGCUGCAUGGCUGGUUUUCUGCAUCUCUUUGAUCGCCACCAGAUUGUGACCGGGAAACGCCUCUAUUCCGCCAAGCGCCUCCCUCCUUCACCUAUGUAUGAUACAACGUCGGAGUCGGAGAGGUCAGCUUCCCCAUCGCCGGCGAUUUCGAGGGAAUUCGGAAAUCCGAAGCAGGCGCAGAGUCCGGAGAGGCCGAACCACCCGCCGUCGCCGGAGGUCCGGUCAACAUCGUCGGCGACUAAAUCACCUCUUAAUUUCCCAACAAUGGAAUUGAAAGAAGGCACCAGGUCACCAUGGAAGUUCUGCAAAGAAGCUCCGCGAUUGUCGCUGGACAGCAGAGCGACAACCGACGCAAAAGGAGGCCUCCACCCCAAGGAAAUCCGCACAGGCGCAUCCAUUCUAUCCGCCGCCGGUCGGUGCGACAGUAUCGCGAGCGACGCUACCGAUGAAAGCCAACACCACCGUUCCCCCAGUGUUAUUGCCCGCCUCAUGGGCCUGGAGCCGUUGCCGGAUUCAUCCAACUCCGAACCGGAAAAUAAGCCCCAGCUUCGGAGAUCCGCUUCCGAAUCGAGAGUCUCCAGAGAUCUAUUUCACUCUCGGCUCACCGCCGACGGCGCCAAUUUCUCUUCAAAACAGCUAACACAGCCGCAACCGUCGCCGUUCAACAAUGUCCUGAAAGAUGCAGAUCCAAGGAAUCAGUACAGAGGCGAACCGCCUAAAGGCUUGCACAACAGAGGCGGUUUUAAUUCCUCGUCGCCGUGGAAAUCGCCGCAGCACCGCAAAAGCUUCUUCGAUUCAGGGGAUUUUUUCCCCGAACCAAAGCAGACGGUAUCAAUCUACGGCGAGAUUGAGAACAGACUGAAAAUGAGGGGAAUCGACGAGCCGUGUCGAGAUUUAGAUACAUUGAGACAAAUCCUCGAAGCGUUACAGCUCAAGGGACUGCUACAUUCUCGGAAACCGCCGGCGCAAAAUCAGGCCGGCCACCGGAACUUCGUGUACGACGACUCACCAAUCGUCGUGAUGAAACCCUCGCAUCUGCCAAAUUCGACGCCGAUUAACCGGAGGAUGGGAAACGUAAAUGAUUAUCCUCCGUCGUAUGGUGGAAAUCAAACCCGUGGCGUCCGUCGGAACUACAGCCUCGCCGGAGAACAUUCGCCGUCUGUGAGUCCUCGGCGUGAACGGAAUGUCCAGAGUCCGAUUCGAACGGGUCGGAGCCAAAGCCCGGCGACGACGACCCGAUCCGAAGGAAAUGUGAUUGGGAAGCGGUCAAACUCACUGGUGAAGCCUAAACCAUUGAGCAUCGAAACACAGAGGAGAACAAACGAGUCAGCAGAAAACCGGAGAGUCUCUCCGGUUCAUUCGCCAAAGCUGAACCCUAGAAGAACCGGACAGGAUCCAAUGGUCAACAACCGAUCGCCAAGGAGCAAGAAAUCAACGGCCGGUAUUCAUCAGAAAGAGAAGACCACGACUGCCGCCGCCGCAGAGGAUGAAUCCUCAUCCAUUUCUGGAAGCAGCAGCAUCACUACAUCCACUGAUACAGAGAGAUGUAAGACGGAGGAUUACAAAGAGGGGAGGAAUUUAUUAGAGAGGUGUGAUAAGCUGCUUCACAGCAUAGCGGAAAUGAACGCCGUUGAUAUGCAACCAAGCCCCGUGUCAGUACUGGAUUCGUCCUUCUACAAGGACGAGUCAUCAACCCCGUCACCUGUUACCACAAGACGUAACAUUGACUUCAAAGAUCAAUCUGGUGAAUUUGAUGAUGAGAUUUGGAGCCCGGCUACAGACAAAUUAUCGAACGACUGUGACUAUGUCUACAUUUCAGACAUCAUAAGAGCAUCACAUUGUUUACCAGAGGACAGUGAUGUCUUUUCGCUACUAGAGAAGCAGCAAUACCUCAACGGAAACGAUACUUCGAAAGUCUCGAAGCUUAAGAGGAAGCUUAUUUUCGAUACGGUCGACGAAAUCCUCGAUAGGAAAAGACGGUUGCCUCCUUGGAAGUUCAACCACAGCGUUAAAACGUCAACCCUCGACAACGUGUGGACGGAGUACCAAAGGAUCCGAGAGCACGAAACUCCUGAAGAAGAUUUAUUCGAGACCAUUUGUGGGAUUCUACGGAAAGACUUAGCUAGCGACCCGAUCAAUGGCUGGGAUGAUUUCCCGAUAGAAAUGUCGGAGGCUGUUCUUGAUAUCGAACGGCUGAUAUUUAAGGAUUUAAUCAGCGAGAAUAUUCGAGAUCUAGCGGCACUAGCAUCAUCAAGAAGAAGUAAAUUACUGUCAUCAGUGAUUCCUAGGAGGAAGUUGGUUUUCUAAAUUUUACUAAUUUUUUUUUUUCUUCUUUCUUUAAAAACAGAGCAUCAGUGGUAUGAAUUAUUGUGAUUUUCACAUGCUUUUGUCUAUGUUCUGAUUUUAUUUUUAUUUUUUUAGUUUUCCCCCUUGGUUAAAUGCUGAUUACUAGGGAACAUUGCUAACGGUCACUUUAUCUUGCAAGCUGUAAAAAAAAAAAAAAAAAUAAAAAAAUAAAAAGGGAAAAGAGAAGAAAGCAAGAACCGAGGAACUUUAUCUUUCUGUGAAAGUGCAUGUGUGGUGUUGUGUUGCUCGCGGGCUAUAAUGAGCUGCUGUCAUGUGAUUUACAUUUUUUGGGUGUAGUAACUUUAUUCCUAUUUCAAGAAAAAAGAUAAAGGACUAAAUAAUAAAUUAUGUUAAUUUCUUUGG